AAGCAAAAGAAAGAGCAUUCCAAGCAGAAAGACAUAUAAUAUUACAAAGUAGAAAAAUCAACUUUGGAAAAUUAGCCAACAUCAAAGUAACCAAAGUAAAUAAUGCAAAAUUUACUAAAAAAGAACGAUCUCAAAAGAAAGUCUCAAUAAAAAAUAUUGAUACUCUACAAAAUGACAAAUCUAAAAGAAACUGCUUUAAAUGUGGAAAACCAGGACAUUUUGCUAGGAAUUGCUACUCAAACACUAAAAAAGACUCCUUUAACAAUGUAAACAAUUGGAAACUUAAAAAGAAAAGAUUUUGUUCACAAUGUGGAAAACCAUAUCCAAAACAUCACCCAGGAUCCAAUAGCAAGUCAUAUGCAUUGGCCACAUCUCUCGCUAAUGCUCAAGAUAGCAUCCAACGAAGUGAACAAAAUAAAUUUGAGCUCGAACAAGACAAAAAAUCUAACAGAUCAACUAAAAAAAACAAAAAGAAAGCCUCUAAAGAUACUAAAAUUAGCAAGAAAAUACUGAAAGAAUACUUACAUGCUAUUAAAAAAUAUCCACAACAAAAACCUAAAGAGAAUAUUAGAAAACCAUCAAUAAGAAACUCCAAUACUAACCAAAUUAAUUGG